GGGUGCGAGCGGCGCUGCGCGCGCUGUGGGCAAUGAGAUGGAGUGCUGUGGGAUCCCCCUCAUCCCAUCCUAGCUGUGGUUAUAAGAGCAAUAAAGAUUCCCCCCUCCCUCUAGUGAUCACCCUCUGACGGAAAUGCUUUUAGGAAUAAUUGAAGAUGCAAAAUUCCAUUCAAAACUCAGCUAGAUGUAGAGCAGGUUGCUUUUGCUUUAAAGCACUGCGUACCCCUGAGGUGCUGCUGCUCCAUUCAGAGAAGGAGUUCCAUGAUGCAGCGAAGCGUAAUGACACGGCCAGGAUGGAGGAGCUCAUCAAGAGAGGGGUCGAUAUCAAAGCCAAAAACAAUACAGACCGAACUGCCCUGCACUGGGCUGCAGGAGCUGGGAAUGUGGAUGCUGUGCGACUGCUCCUGGACCAUGAUGUGCCAGUGGAUGAUGAGGACAGUUUUGGAAUGAACGCACUUCUCCUGUCUGCUUGGUUUGGCCACCUUCGUGUCCUGCAUAUCCUCGUCAAUGCUGGGGCGAAGAUAAACUGUGUUAAUAAGAAUGGCAGGAACCUGCUUCAUUGUGCAGCACAGAGGGGACACAUCCGGGUGAUGGAAUUCAUCAUGGAGGACCUGGAAGAUGUGUGUGUGGAUCAGACAGACAAGAUGGACAGGACAGCGUUUCACCUGGCUGCAGAGCAUGGUCAGCUGGAGGUGGUGGAGUUCCUAAUCCGGCACGGUUGUUCUCACAGUGCUAAAGACAAGGAAAAGGAUACAGCAUUGCAUUUAGCUGCUAAAAAUGGACAUCUUUCUGUGCUGCAGAAGAUUGUAGAUGUUGGAGUAGACCUUGAUGAAAAGAACUUAGAAGGACUUACGUGUUUACACCUGGCUGCUGAGGGAGGUCACAGUGACUGUGUAAAGCUGCUCUUGGAAGCAGGUGCUGAUGUUAAUGUCCAAACUCAGAAGAAAAUGAACUGCCUUCAUUAUGCAGCGCUACAUGGCUAUGAGGAGAUAGCCAGGAUCCUUGUGGACGCAGGAAUCCACAUAGAUGCUGUUAAUCAUCAAAAUGCUUCAGCGACACACAUUGCAGUACUGCAGAACUUCCCAGCACUGGUGAAGCUCCUUAUUGAUGUGGAGUGUGACCUUGACAUUCCAGAUAAUAGGCAGCAGACCUCACUUCACAUCGCUGCAGAGCACGGCAGGCAGGACAUCGCCGAGAUGAUUCUCAUUGCCGGAGUAAAUCUGAAACUAACGGACAAGCAGGGAAAAACAUCUUUGGAUGUUGCUGCCCGAGGCAAUCACGUCAACUUGGCAGACAUGAUUAUCAAGGCAGAUCGGUUCUACAAAUGGGAAAAGGACAACCUGAACAGUGACUCCAAUUCCUGGGUGGCAAAGCACUUGACCUUUAAGCAAGAUCACAGGGUGGAAACACAGCACAUUCGCUCAGUAAUGUGGAGGUUAGCCACUAAAUACCUCAAACCUGGUGAAUGGAAGAAGCUGGCACAUUACUGGAAAUUCACCGAUGCACAUAUUAGAGCCAUUGAGCAACAAUGGACAGGUACUGCAAGCUACAGGGAGCAUGGCCACAGGAUGUUGCUGAUCUGGCUUCACGGUGUGAUCAUGGCAGGAGAAAAUCCAGUCAAGGGGUUGUAUGAAGGUCUUGUGGGCAUUGGAAGAAGAGAUUUAGCAGAAAGCAUUCGGAAAAAAGCAAAUGCAGACCCUGCUUCUCCAAAGAAGUGCACAGCAAUGUAACACCCACUGGUUGCCACUGGCUGUCUUAUGAGCUACAAGAGAAUCACUUGCUAUGCUACUUACCAGAAGGCAGCUAUAACUUCAGGACUUGUCAUAAAAGUCACUGCUGCUUCCUUCUUGGUCUGAAACUACCAGGAUAUCAGCAAAUAGUAGCAGUCUAAAUGCCUUCUUUGUAAAGAAGUGGGAUUUUAUUGGCUAUUCCAUAUGUUUCGAAUACUGUAAUAAGAGGUAAGUCACAGCAUGGCAAGUGAGACUAUCAGGAAAUACUGCAGUAUUUUACUGUAACUUGUUUGUGUCACAAUUUUGUAUAUAAGUUUUUAAUUGUCAAUUUUAUAAAUUGGGGAGAACGCCUUUGUUUUGAGAAAUGUUCUUUACUUAUCUGUUUUGUGUUUGUUUCUAGUGCUCGUGUCUUAGAUUUGUUCUCAACUUCCCUCUUAGCUCAGGAGUUUGUUCAGAAAAGUUGAGGUGACUACAUGGUCUGUGAUCUUUAAGGAGAAGAUCAUUAACAUUCAUUGGUGUAACAUUUAUAAAUCAGAUGGGUAACUUCUUUAAUUUCUGGUUUGCCACCUGAAAAGCCUAGAUGAGCAUAGAGUUAUCUGUGUUCUAAGAAACAAGGAGUGAAGUUGUUAAGAUGAUCUGAAGGCUGAUAUUUUCAUCUAGAGCACUGCUGCGUGGAUUUUACUGUUGUAAUUCAAAGAUGUUAGCACUGAUUAUUUUACACAGUCUCUCAUAAGGACAGUUUUCAUAAACACGGAUUUGACUCAUCAGCUUUUGUAUUUUUAGAGUGUUUCAGUAGAAAUGAUGUCUGUAUUUCAGUGAAUCAGAAUUUUACUGUUAAGUUUGCACACUAUUGCAUAUUAUAUCCUAGUCAUCCUUUUCUUAAGAAACAAAUCCAACAACAAAAAAAAAUGUGCAAUUCUUACUCAUUGCUAACCCAGCACAACCUUGUAAUUAGAACGGUUCAAUACAAGAGGCAAGUUCAAGCAGAAGAUUUCUUAACUUCUAAAAGGUACCUGUAGAAAUAAACCUAGACUACAGAAAGCCCCGCUUCUGUUCUCUUGUAAUCAGUAGAAGAGGCAAUUGCUGAAAUCGAAGUUUUAUUGAAAACUAUUUUUAACAGCUAGCAAGAAAGUUAAAAAUUUCAAAUAGAAACUAACUUGCAACACAACAUAUAGAGCAAAUAAGUGAUGGCAACAUUGGCACUUAAACAUCUUUUAAAUCAAAUAUUCAACAAAAAUAUAUGUCAGCUUAUAAGUACACAAACUGCAUGUGGCAAUAUAUACAGCUGAGUGAAAAUAUAAAAAGAAAUACCGUUCUGUUUAAGAACAUGAUAGUGAAGACUUUGGUAGCAAAAAUGUCUUUGUUUUUAAAACUGUAGUCUUCAAAGGUAUUUUCUUGAAUUCAAAGACUAAUUGAAAAUUAAACAGAUGCCCUAUUACAUUGUUGAAUGUUUAUUGUCCAUGAGUGGCUCACUGACUUGAUCCUGCUGGAAUCGCACAGUGAUAAUCGGCUAACACAAGGAGAAAGGCAGAGUAGGAACAGAUGAUUGUACACAGGAAGACCACCAAACUGAUUCCUCAUUUUCAUUGGCAGUCAGAAAAACCUACUGCUCUUCUUGCUCACUGCUGGU